AUGCCUUUCUUUGAAAGAAAGCGACAAAGAAGUCAGAACCAUAGCGAAGCUACCGAAAUUGGACACCAGAGAAAGAUAUCUACCUCUACAGUGCAAAAUUUAUCCAAACGUCGCAUAUAUGUUAAUAUACCUUUAUCUACAAGUGAGGUCGACCAGUAUGGUGAACCAAAAGAGUGUUAUGUCACGAACAAAAUCCGCACUUCCAAAUAUACCUUAUUAACAUUUAUACCUAAAAAUUUGUUUGAACAAUUUCGUAGGGUAGCAAAUAUGUACUUUCUUUUUUUGGUUAUUUUACAACUUUUUCCCAUGAUUGGUGGUGACGUUCAACCAUUUCUAUCUGCUAUGCCCCUUAUUUCAAUCAUUUCAAUGACCGCUUUAAAAGACGUUUUAGAAGAUUGGAAACGUCAUACUCAAGAUAAAAGUUUAAAUAGAUCAAAAACUACAAUAUUACGUAAUUGGCGGAAUGUAAAUAUACCAACCAAUGAUAGGUCACGUCAAAAAUUUUUGAUCAAGAUAUGGAAUGGUUUCUCUAGUUUGCUAGGCUAUCGAAUAGGUGAAAACCUUGAUAAUAAAGUAUCUUAUACUACUCAAAGUGGUGCUAUAUGGACUGAAAGUCACUGGCAAGAUGUUAAAGUUGGUGAUAUUGUAAAACUCAAAAAUAAUGAUGCUGUUCCUGCUGAUAUGAUAAUAUUAUCCACUAGUGAACCGGAUGGUCUUUGCUAUGUUGAAACAAAAAAUCUUGACGGCGAAACAAAUCUAAAAGUUCGACAUUGUGUUUCUUCAACAAACUCAAUCGUUACUGAAAGAGACUGUGAAAAUAACUGUUUUUACAUAGAAUCUGAACAACCUCAUUCUAAUUUAUAUGCAUAUACUGGUGUAUUACAUCAUCCCAAUCCUGAUGGUACUGGUGAUAAUAUAAUUGAACCAAUAUCUAUAAAUGAUGUUCUUUUACGUGGAUGUGUCCUUCGAAACACUCAAUGGGCUAUAGGCUUGGUUGUAUUUACUGGUACUGAUACAAAAAUUAUGUUGAAUUCCGGCGAUACACCCAGUAAGAGGAGUAAAAUUGAGAUUGAGACAAAUUUUCAUGUCUCUAUGAAUUUUGUCAUCUUAUUUUUACUCUGCCUUGGAUCCGCCAUUGCCGAUGGUAUUUUCUUUAUUCAACCUAAGAGUUCUGCUGACGUUUUUGAAUACACUAAAAGUAGUAAUAUGACUGCAUGGGAGAGUUCUUUUCUUACCUUCUGGGCAAGUCUGAUUUUAUUUCAAAAUAUCGUACCAAUUUCUUUGUAUAUUACAAUCGAAGUAGUUAAGACCGUUCAAGCGUAUUUUAUACACUCCGAUAUCGAUAUGUAUUAUCCAAAACUUGAUUAUCCUUGUACUCCAAAAACAUGGAACAUUUCUGAUGAUUUGGGUCAAAUAGAAUAUAUAUUUUCUGAUAAAACCGGUACUCUUACUCAAAAUGUCAUGGAAUUUCGUAAAUGUACCAUUAAUGGUGUAUCUUAUGGAAAAGGCGAGACAGAUGCUACUCGUGGUGCUAAAUUACUUGAUAACGAAAAUUCUUUUGAUGAGAUUGAUCUUGAGGCAGAAAAGCAAUUAAUGUUGGAAGAAAUGUCCAAGCUAUUUGAUAACCAAUAUAUGACAUCAAAUCUUACUUUUAUUGAUUCUAAAUUGUAUUGUGAUCUUAGAGCCGAAGAUAAACAAUCUAAAGCCAUACAGGAUUUCUUUUCUGCUCUUGCUCUUUGUCACACAGUUCUUGUUGAACAUCCAGAUGAGAAUAAUCCUUACAAUAUUGAAUACAAAGCACAAUCACCUGACGAAGCCGCGUUGGUUGGUUGCGCUCGAGAUGUGGGCUUUGUAUUUAUUGGACGUCAUCAAGACACUCUAACGAUAGAGUUGCUUGGUGAACGCAAAGACUUUACAUUAUUGAAUGUACUUGAAUUCAAUAGCACAAGAAAGCGAAUGUCUGUUAUUUUAAGGUCACCCGAAGGUAGUGUGAUCCUUUUAUGUAAAGGUGCGGAUAGUGUAAUAUAUGAACGAUUAGAAGAAGGUCGUCAAGAUCAAUUAAAAGAAGAUACAUUGGCUGAUUUAGAAACAUUUGCUAAUGAAGGUCUUCGAACACUUUGUAUAGCUUACCGUGUAAUACCUGAAGAAGAAUAUAAUGUUUGGGCUCAGAGUUACGCAGAAGCCUCUUCAAGCAUUAAUGAUCGUGAAGAAAAGGUCGAAAAAGCUUGUGAGUUAAUAGAACAUUCACUGACCUUAAUGGGUGGAACAGCUAUUGAAGAUCGCCUUCAAGAAGGUGUACCAGAAUGUAUAGCCACUUUAUCAACUGCUGGGAUUAAGAUUUGGGUACUUACGGGAGACAAAACUGAAACCGCCAUCAAUAUUGGUUUCUCAUGUAAUCUAUUGCAGAAAGAUAUGCUUUUAAUAAUUAUUAGUGCAUCAGAUAAACAAAGUACGCUUUAUCAAUUAAAGGAGGCUAUGGAUAAAUUCUUCGGACCUAAUGUUGAAGCUUGUAAUAAAAGUAGCAAGCAUGCUUUAGUAAUUGAUGGUGAAACUCUUAAAUAUGCUUUGGACCAAUCAUUAAAACAUUUGCUAUUGGAUAUUGGAAAAAGAUGUAAUAGUGUUAUAUGUUGUCGUGUUAGUCCGUUGCAAAAAGCCAAAGUUGUGGCUUUAGUAAAGGAAGGAUUGAACGUGAUGACUUUAUCUAUCGGUGAUGGUGCAAACGAUGUGAGUAUGAUCCAGGAAGCAAAUGUCGGUAUUGGAAUUGCGGGUGAAGAAGGUCGCCAAGCUGUAAUGGCAGCAGAUUAUGCUUUUGCCCAAUUUCGAUUUUUAGAUAAACUUUUACUUGUUCAUGGUCGUUGGUCUUAUAUUCGAAUCGCAGAAAUGAUAUCGUGCUUUUUCUAUAAAAAUAUCGUUUGGACAAUCGCAAUGUUUUGGUAUCAAAUUUGGGCAGGAUUUACUGCCCAAUAUUUAUAUGAUUAUACAUAUAUUUUACUCUAUAACUUGGCUUUCACAGCCGUUCCCGUUAUGUAUCUUGGUGCUUUUGAUCAAGACGUUGAUGCCAAAACUUCGUUGGAUAAUCCGCAAUUAUAUAAGCGAGGUAUAUUACAACGUGACUUUACAAAGUCAAAGUUUUUGCUUUAUGUAUUAGAUUCAUUUUAUCAGUCAGCAAUUUGUUUUUUUAUUCCUUUUGGAGUAUUUCAAUUUGGAUCAUCCCAUGCUAAUGGAUUGCAAAAUAAUGGUUUAAGUGAUCUCGGAACAAUGGUAGCUGGAGCUGUCGUAGUCACCGUGAAUUUAUAUGUUGGUUUGAAUACUAUGAAUUGGUCAUGGUUAUGUUUUGUAGUGAUUGGCCUUAGUAUUCUUUCAUUUUAUGCUUGGGUGGAAUUUUAUUCUCUUUGGUAUAUUGGAUUCUUUAGAAUGGACCUCAUAUUAUAUACCGAAAUUGACUUCUGGUUAACUGUUUUGUUAUGUGUCGUAUUUAGUAUUUUACCUCGAUAUGCAGUCAAAUACAUUCAUAAAACGUAUUGGCCAAGUGAUAUGGACAUUAUCCGUGAACAAGUUCAUGAAUCCAAAAAAGGAAAGAGGAGGCGAGAAAAUGGAGAACAAUUUAUAGAAGAUAGUGACAAUGACUCUAAUCGUACUAUGGUAGUUGACAUGCAUGACAAUACAAAUAUGCAUAGAGAUGUACAUAAUGACAACUCUUUUGCAGAUAUUACAUUAGAUGUAUCUACAAAACCACGCUCUAUGUCAAAAUUACCAAAACUGCCAAGGAUCACCUCAAUUAGAAAAACUCGCAAAGACUCUAUACGAUCAGUGGAACAGCUUUUCCAUAUGGACUCAGGAAAGCGCCAAUCAUUCACAGGAUUUGCUUUUUCUGGAGAAGAGAGUUCUUUUGAAGGAUUCCGACAAUCAAUAUAUCAACCAAAACAACAACGCACUACAGGUCAACGUUCUAAUACUUUUACAUCAUCAUCGAAUAACGAUAAAGAGAAAUCAUUAAUGUCAGUAUUCCGUAAUCGAACAAUGCCUACAACGUUGUUUCGACGUUGGUCACCAAAUCCUAGUCGGGCAACGUCUCCAAAUCGAUCGAAUAAUGAUGAAAAUAGUCCAAAUGUUCGAAGAAGGGGGAAUAGUAGCAAUGAAGAAGUUGAGCUUGUUACUAUCCCACCAUCAUGA